CAUCUUUGUAUGUUCCACUGGGAAAAGCAGUGAUAAGACUUCCUUGGUAAAGUUAGUAAAUUACUAGGAAACAAGUUACUUAGAAGGCAAUUAAUUUAUAGCGCGGGGUAAAUAUUUUCUUUAUAAGCUGACAGUUGACAAUAUCUAUAUAAAUGGAUUUUAUUUUGCGUACAUAUCAAUCAGACAAGGUCUUUGUGCCAUGUCUUUCUAUAUGACAUAGAGAGGGGGGAGAAGCAAGGAGAAGCAGCCAAACUAUUCAGUAUUGCCGGACCUUGUGAGUUGCGUCUUUGUUAUUACAAACAAUGGAUGCUUGUAUGUUCUAUAUUCUCUUUUUCUCCAUGUUUCUAACCAUAAAGGCUCUUGAAUCCAACUGCCCAACGGUUAAGUGCAGUCACGACGGUCCUGAUAUUCGUUUCCCAUUCCGGGUAGCAGGCCGGCAGCCUCAGCACUGUGGUCAACCUGGUUUCGACCUUGUCUGCAAAGAAAACACCACCAUGAUUGAUUUUCCAUCUUAUGGACCCUUGGUUGUGAUAUCCAUCUCUUAUGACUUCAGAAAACUCAGUCUUCUUGACCCCAAAAAUUGUGUCCAUGAAGUCUUUCUUAAUCUCAACCCCUCUGGUACACCUUUCCGGUACUACUAUCUUUUGAAGAAUUUCACAUACCUCAACUGUUCAACCAGGCUUUCGCCUUCUCUCAACGAAGUUUCAUGCUUGAGUGACUCUAGGAAUCAUGUUUACACCGUAGAAUCCUCGUUUCACCUGCCAUUUUCUUGCAGGCAAUUGAAAACUAUUCCCAUUCCAUUUUCAUACAGUCCUUAUCUUGCUGACAAUAGUUUUGGCCUUGGAUUGACUUGGAGUUUGCCUGGAUGUGAAGAUUGUGAAUCAAGAGGAGGCUCGUGUGUGUUCCAGUCCAAAGAAGGACUGAAAACAGGCUGUCCCCGCAUAGCACAGGAUAAAGGUUUUUCAGUUGUACAUUUAUUGUCAAGUGGAACUGGGUCUAUGAUCUUGAUCAUUCUGGUGUUUAUUUUCGUGAUGACAACAAUGAUUAGCAUCAAAGUCUGCUUUAGGCAGAAACUGAAGGUGGAUAAAGCGGCAGAAAAUGAGAAUCUACUUUAGGCAAGUAUACAAGUACAAAUGAAUGUUUCGUUCCCCGCAUCCUCAAGACAACCUUUAAAGAUUGAGAUUUCAGAAGGAUAUUAUUAGUAACAGAAGUCGAGCGCUGUCGCUGUGUAUUGUAGAAAAACAGACUUAGCUCUAGAUAAUUAAACUGUGAUAUGUCAUGAGUUGGGUUAAA